AUGACUGACAACAGCAACAUGGAAGGAAUUCAAGAUGACGUCAAGGAUCCAUAUUCUCCACCAAGAAAAAGGAUAAAGACCGAUGAUGAAGCCAGUGCAAGCCAAGAAAAUGCUGUGAACUUCUCUGGAUCCUUAGUUCCCACUGCACUCAAAUACAAGAUCCAUGCCCAUGAAGGUGGCUGCAGCUCCAUUUUAUUCCCAUUUAAUUCUCAAAAUUUGAUCAGUGGGGGAAAGGACAACACGAUAAAGAUAUGGGACACAAGCACUGGGGCACUUACCAGCCUUCUUCAAGGCUUCCAAGGCUCAGUUUAUGAUCUUGCCAUCAGCUCUGACAACAGCUUCCUUGCUGCAGCUCUCACAUCCCGAAAAUUGUGUGUAUGGGAAUUGAAUACUGGUCAAAUUCGCCAGACUCUCACAGGCCACAGCCAAAAGGUUUGUGCUGUGGAUGUGGGCAAGGUCCUUAGCCGCUAUAUAGUUAGUGCUGGGAGUGAUCAAAUGAUAAAAGUAUGGGACUUGCAGCAAGACUAUCCUGUCUGUUCUCGAUAUAUCUCCAGUGCUUGCAAUGCUAUAAGCUUUUCCUCGGAUGAAACCACAAUUUGUUCAGGCCAUGCCAAUGGAAAGGUCAUAUUCAGCAAAGUCAAUAGAUUUUGGAUGAAUCAUAGCAGUGAAGUUGAGGCUCAUACACAGUCUGUGACUUCAAUCUGCCCACUUCAAAAUGGGAGUCUCAUACUGAGCAGUGGAAGGGAUAAUUGGCACAAUUUGAUUGAUACCCGGACAAUGCAAAUCUGCAGUAAAUUCAGAACCAGGUGCAGCAGAGUGGCUUCUAAUUGGAGCCGGGUGUGUGUCAGUUCUGAUGACAAUUAUGCAGUUGUGGGCUCAGCUGAUGGAUCAGUCUAUGUGUGGUCUAUGCAGAUGGGAAGAAUGGUGAAUGCUCUGAAGGGGCAUACUGCUCCUGUUCUCGCUUGUUCAUGGAGCGGUAUGGGGAUGCCACUGGCCUCUACUGAUAGUGAUGGAACUAUUUGUAUUUGGUCUUGA